UCCCCUACACAUCUGCCCCUCUUUCCGCGGGUUCAUACCUGGGCGGGCAACUUCCAUUUUCUUUCUUUCUCAGGCGUGCAGCAACGAUGUCGGCCUCUGCACGCCUCACAUCCAGCCUCUGCCGGAGGGCCGCGGCAGCCCCGGCGCCCGCCUCCGCCUCCGCAUCAACAACACGGCUUCGACAAGCGCGCUCUGUCAGGUGUCUGUCUUCUGCUACUCCCAGUCGGUUACGGCGCACCGAUGUCCGGACAAGAUGUAGCAGCUCAUUGGCCGCACGAACAACACGCAGGCGACUGUCCACCACCCCAGUACGCUUCUACGCCGAUGUCGACGACGCCUUCGACCCCGCAAGCAUCGAGCGCGAGAGCGACGAGGUCGACGUAUGCAUCGUUGGCGGCGGCCCCGCGGGCCUAUCGGCGGCCAUCCGGCUCAAGCAGCUGGCCAACGAGGCGGGCAACGAGGAUUUCAGGGUGCUGCUGCUCGAGAAGGCCGGCGAGCUCGGCGCGCACAUCCUCUCGGGCGCGGUCAUCCAGCCGACGGCGAUCAACGAACUCCUUCCGGAAUGGCUCGACGAGAGCAACGACAACCGCUUCACCGGCGCGACACCGGCGGGCAAGGAUAGCAUGCGCUUUCUGACCGGCAGCAUGGCGAUCCCCGUCCCGAUACCGCCGCAGAUGCACAACCACGGGAACUAUAUACUCAGCCUGAACGAGUUCACAAAGUGGCUGGGCGAGCGCGCGGAGGAGGUGGGCGUCGAGGUGUACCCCGGGUUCGCCGCCAGUGAGGUGCUCUUCGCGCCCGACGGGAGCGUCAAGGGCGUGGCGACCAAUGAUUUGGGCAUUGCACGGAACGGGAAGCCCAAAGAUACCUUCGAGCGCGGCAUGGAGUUCCACGCGCGCGUCACCCUCUUCGGCGAGGGCUGCCACGGCAGCCUGAGCAAGCAGGUCAUCAAGAAGUUUGACCUGCGCCGCGAGAGCCAGCCCCAGACGUACGGCUUGGGCGUGAAGGAGGUGUGGGAGGUGCAGCCCGAGAAGUUCAGGAAGGGCGAGAUCACCCACUCGAUGGGCUACCCGCUGCCCUACGACACGUACGGCGGCGCCUGGAUGUACCACUUUGGCGACAACCUCGUCAGCAUCGGCCUCGUCACCGCCCUCGACUACGCCAACCCGUGGCUGUCCCCGUACGGCGAGUUCCAGAAGCUCAAGCAGCACCCGCUGUACCGCAGCGUGCUCGAAGGCGGCAAGUGCAUCUCCUACGGCGCCCGCGCCCUCAUCGAAGGCGGCCUGCAGUCGAUCCCCAAGGUGGCCUUCCCCGGCGGUGCCCUCAUUGGCGAUUCCGCCGGCCUGGUCAACGUGCCUAAGGUCAAGGGCACGCACAACGCCAUGAAGUCGGGCAUGCUCGCAGCCGAAGCCGCGUGGAACGCGCUCAAGGAGACCGACGACGGCGGCUCCGUCUUCCUGUUCGAGUACGAGGACUCGCUGCGCAAGUCGUCUAUCUGGCAGGAGCUCAAGGAGGUUCGCAACAUGCGGCCGGCCUUCCACACACCCCUCGGCGUGUACGGCGGCAUGCUCUACUCCGGGCUGGAGGCCUUCGUGCUGAAGGGCCGCGUCCCCUGGACGCUGCGGCACAAGGUGCCCGAUCACCAGGCCACCAAGAAGGCGGACGAGUGCCCCAAGAUCGAGUACCCGAAGCCCGACGGCAAGCUCACCUUCGACAUCCUUACAAGUGUGUCGCGCACGGGCACCAACCACGAGGAGGACCAGCCCGUGCAUCUGCAGGUCAAGGAUUGGGACAAGCAUACCGCCGAGACGUACCCGGCCUUCAAGGGCUUGGAAAACCGCUUCUGUCCUGCGGGUGUGUACGAGUAUGUCGAGGACGCGUCUAAGCCGGAAGGGGUGAGGUUCCAGAUUAAUGCGCAGAACUGCAUUCAUUGCAAAACCUGCGACAUCAAGGCGCCCAACCAGGAUAUCAACUGGCAGGUGCCACAGGGCGGCGAGGGUCCCAAGUACUACAAGACCUGAAAGCACGAAUGAAGAGGGGUGGCUGUACGGCUCUUCUGUCUUCUCUAUACAAGAUGUGGCAACCUAAGGGAAUGGGAUGGUAAGUGCGGUGUUGGUGGCUUCGUUGCGUCCUACUACCGGGAUGGAUUAGAGACUGUGUAGACACGUGGCUGGUGGUUGGAGG